AACCAUUUACGGUAAUCUGGGAGGUUCACUUCUUAGCAUGUCCAUGGGGAUGAACGGAAAGAUAUCCUUAAUUUUGUCUAACAAGAAUGAAGAAGAAAGCCUGAAGUAAGGCCAUUAAUAGAAAAUUAUCAGCGUGACAUGGUGUAAGGGAAAAUACAUAUUAUCCUACACACUCUUGAUCACUGUCACAGCAGUCUUAGUUCCGAGGUCCAGACUUGAUGCAGCGCCUUCAACUGGUGUUUGUAUCCUGAUGGGGGGUUACAUUGUUCUUCGACUCUGUAGUGCAAUAUAAAAGAUGGUCCGAUGUGAGGGGAACCAGCGGGGCUCAAUGUAGUACUAACAUGUCAUGGCAGACCGCUACUACUAGAUUUGUCUCGAUCUGCAAUGAUAUAGACAUAACCUUCAGAGUUGCCGACGCAGAAUUUAUUAGCGUAACGGCGAAUAUAUUGGCUUGGGGCCUCCUUUCAAGUAUCCGACGCAUGCGCUCUUGGAAUCCCACCUCCUCCAUCAGUUGUAGCUCGACCUACAUCAAGAAAGUCGACGUCCAGGUAAGGCUAAAGCGGAAGCCAUCUACCUGGAGGGAUGCCCAGACACCAGCCCCCGACUCACAAGCUGUUGCCCGGGCCGUGUCGCAGGUGGCCAGGACAGACGGCUGGGAAGACAGGCUUUGUCCAGUCAAACCUCCGGCCGAGACCCCUUCAUCCCUUUCAUCCCCACAUGGUGCUGUAACCCCAGAUCGAACCCUCAACCCGUCUUGUCAUGGAGCGGGUUUGAUCACCUUUUGGACUAUGGGAGUUAGCAUUCGGGUCCUCAGUGGCAAGAGAAACUCGCUGACUGGGCUCGACUCCUUUCAAGAUGACCCUCGCUCCGCCCCUGACCCAAAAUUACUCCGUCCGGUUACACCUCCUGAUCGAAUCGGCUAGUUGCGUGGCUUACCGUCUUUGUAAAUCAACCAAGGGCCAGGGUUUUCUUGGAAAGAAGAGAUUAUACACCAGGGAAAAAGUUGGCCGCUGUUGCUUUCUGCAUUUAUCUCGAUAAACUCUCAGCUCCACGUGAGCAUGACGCAAGGGUAAAUGAAGUGUGGGCAGAAAUUCUCCGUGAAUAUGGAAUAAGUACGUAAACAGUGCUCCUAUAGAAAUGGCGGGCUGGUCCUGUGAGAACAGACUGGCUCAGACAGCGACUAAGUUGCUCAUGUUACCUGCCUUGUGUGGUUCCACUUAUCGAGUCCUCUAUAACCAAGGGUACCAGUGUCCAAUCGCUUCUCAAUUAACUCUAAACCCAGGAGAGGAUUGAGCAGUAGUGGC